AUGCAAAUAAAAACAAAUUUAUUUAUUUUAAGUACUUUAUUAUACUUACAGGCAGAUGCAGCACCUCAAAAACCCAAAUUGCUUCGAGUACCGCUACGUAGAGCCACUCAAACACACACUAUUUCUAAAAGAGAUACCUUUUACACAACCUCAUUAUACAACGAUGCAGGCUCACAAUACUUGAUUGACCUCGAUAUCGGCACACCGGCACAGACAUUUACUGUCACUCUCGACACUGGAAGUAGUGACCUCUGGGUGCCUGAAUCAUCAUGUCCUGCCAGCGAGUGUCCUAAUGCCGUCUUCAAUUCAUCUCAAUCCAGCACAUUUAAAUCACUCAACAAGGCUUUUUCAUUGACUUAUGGGAUUGGCAGUGUCAAUGGCACCUACGUGACAGAUACAGUUGCUAUAUCCGGUGCUACUGUGCAAUCCCAACAAUUCGGAUUAGCUUCAGCAACACAAAACAUUCUGACCAACGCAAACACAAUCACAACAAGUGUUGCUCAAACAAAUACCAAUAAUACCCUUCAUCUCAAGUCGCUUGCUACUUCAACCACGCCCACAGGCAAUGGUAUCUUGGGACUGGGUUACCCUAAAUUGACAGCUGCCUCAAGUAAUGGCCAAGGCACAUACAAUCCUUUUGUAUUCAAUUUGGUGUCUCAAGGUGUCAUUAGUGACCCCGUCUUUUCUAUCUACAUGAACAAUUUAGAAAAGACGGGAUGGGUUGGUGAAGUCAUUUUUGGUGGUGUUGAUACAUCUAAAUAUUCAGGCAAUUUAACUUAUCUUGAUGUUGUUUCUCUCACAUCCACACGAAGCAGUAAGAAGAGAGCCAUCACAUUUGACAAUAGCAAUUAUUAUUGGAUGGUCGGUGCACAAGGCAUUUCAGUCACAAACAGCAGUAAUACCAAUGAUACCAGUAACUCAGUGGAUGUCUCAUUUAACAGCAACAGUGCUUUUAUUCUUGAUACAGGCACUACAUUGACUUAUUUACCUAACAGUAUGGCCAAGACCAUCAUUGAAAAUGUUGUUGGUUCUAGUGGCUAUACAACAGAUACUAGUUCAGGUGCUUAUAUCAUUAGCUGUAGUGCAUCCUCUUCUACUAAACAAGUAGUGCUCAAAAUGAAAGCCAGUUCUUCUGCUACUGAACCUGUUACCUUGGCUGUUCCUAUUUCUGAAUUGAUCAUUCCCUUGGAUACAGAUAGUGUGUCUACUGCUAGUUAUUGUGUGUUUGGUAUUGCCCCUACUUCAGGCACUGUAGGCAGUAAUCUCUAUCUUGUAGGAGACUCUUUCUUGCGCAGUGUUUAUAUGGUAUUUGAUAUGGUGAAUGAUCGUAUUGGUAUUGCUUCUGCAACAGGUGUGGAAGGAAGUGUACAAGGUGUUUCUUCUACAACUACCAACAGUGGCUCCAUCAUGACUCAGCAUUCUGUUAUCAUAGGAUUUAUUGCAUGUUUACUUGCAACUUUCUUGGCAUUUUAA